UUGUAUUUAUGGUAUUCAGUUGGCGUUGCUCGAGGUGUUCUGGAGAAGAUCUCCUUGUGGCGUGGCGACAUCACCCGCCUUGAAAUCGACGCCAUCGUUAAUGCGGCAAACAACAGAUUGGCAGGAGGUGGAGGAGUAGAUGGAGCCAUACAUCGUGCAGCUGGUACUGCUGAACUUCAAAAAGAAUGCCGAGCUAUUGGACACUGCGACACUGGUGCUGCAGUGAUAACAAGCGGUUGCAAGAUGUCACAUAUUAAAAAUAUUAUACACACUGUUGGUCCUAUAUGUUCUGGCAAUGUUGCCUCAGCGAGUGAUCGAGAAAAAUUGUUGUCUUGCUACCGAUCCUGUCUUAAUUUGGCUGUAGAGCACAAACUCAAGACCAUUGCAUUCUGUUGUAUCUCAACAGGUGUUUAUGGUUAUCCUCAGGAAGAUGCUGCUAAAACAGUCGUUGGUUUCCUUACCGAUUGGUUGUCGAAGCCAGAGAAUGCUAUGAACAUUGCACGCAUUGUUCUUGUGCUGUUCAAUCCAGUCGAUGUCGCUGCUUACGAGAAAUUCUUCGAGGAGUACGCUAAGUCACAGAAAUGA